ACCACAAGCCUGAAACGGCCCAACACGUCCAUUGCGAUCACUCAACCAAGCAGAGUUUGUAGACACAGGGCAGGUCUCUCUGCUGGCCAGGCUUUGAUCCUACGACCCGCGGUUUCCCCGCUCAGCUGAGAGCCAUAAUCAUGUUCCUGCUUCGACGAAAGUGCCUUCCAGCCCCCUGCCUUCCUCGCUGCCUGAGGAGAUUCUUCUCCCCCCUUCCCUAACAGCUCCCCCCCGCCAGCUAGCCCGAGAGCGGGGAGUCGGAGCCAGGCAGCCAGCUAAGUGCGCCUUUUUAUUAACUCCAUGUAAAACCAUCGCUCCAUUUUAGCCGUCACUCCCCGCCAGGCAGCGGCGUGCGCGGGGCUCUUCCCGGCCCCGACGCUGCAGGCGGCACAAUGGAGCGGGCCGAGCCGGCCACACGCUGCCUCCCCGAACAGCUGACGCGGCUUUUCUGCAGCUACCGGGCGCCAAGGAGCUGCUCCUGCUCCACCCUGAACGGACACCGCCCUUCGCUUUGGCAGGGACUCCGGCCAAUUGGGGAGGGAGGAGGCAAGCGAGCUCCUGCCUCACCGCGGGCUCCCCAGCGGCGGGCCCAGCACAUUCUCCCCCUCACCGCCCGUGCCGGGCUCCCCACGGCCCUCCCCAGGAACGGAGAAAUCCCUGGGAGCGGGCCAGGGCUGCCGGCACCUGUGCGUGCCCCAGGGCUGGGACGUGCCCGCCGGGAGCCUCCCCUCGUCCUCCUCUCAGCUCUCCGUUCCCGCCCCUCGCACCCGCUGCCUUCCUCCCGCUAGCCCGGUGUGGGGCGCCCCCUGCCCGGGCGGGCUCUGAGGGGAGCGGCCCCGCUGGCGAGGCGGGGGGGGGAGGGAACAUGCGUACAAGCGGCUCAUUCCGGCAAACACCCACCCCCCCCUUUAAAUGAGCUUCAGUGAGCGGCUGCAGCCGAACCGGGAGCUGCGGAGCCGGGGGGGAGCAGCGCGCCCCGGCACUCUGUGCGGCGGCAGCCUCCUCCCACACCCCCCGCUCGAUGGGACUGAGCGCGGCGACAGCGAAGGCUCCAGGCUCGGAGGGGUUUGGCUGAGCUCGCUCCUAGCGGGGCGGCUCCCCUGAGCCCGGGGCACCGGCCAUGGCCAGGGCGGAGACCUGAACCCGCCCAGCUGCACCAGCCACCGGGCAGCUCCCCAGCUGCUGCGCUCCGGCGCCCCCGGCUCCCCGCGGACGUGGCUAUGCCUCGCCUCUGACUCGCUGCCACCCCGGCGCUCGGUCCUGGGCCAGGAGCGGCAGGGACGUGCCGUCCCCGCCGCGCGCGGGAGAGAAGAUGGCCCUGGACAAACUCUGCUCGGUGCUGGAAGUGUUGUUAAUAACAAUACUUGUAGUGGAAGGGAUUGCUGUGGCACAGAAGACACAAGGUGGGCAGAAUAUUGGAGUAAAUCACAUACCAUCUACACAGUGUGACAACUGGGUUCGGACAAGCAAUGGAGGCCAUUUUGCUUCACCAAACUAUCCUAAUUUGUACCCACCAAACCAGGAGUGUAUCUACAUUUUAGAAGCUGCUCCACGCCAAAGAAUUGAGUUGACCUUUGAUGAACCUUAUUACAUAGAACCCUCAUUUGAAUGUCGAUUUGAUCACCUUGAAGUUCGAGAUGGACCUUUUGGUUUUUCCCCUCUCAUCGAUCGUUACUGUGGUCUGAAAAGUCCUGCACUAAUUAGAUCAACAGGGAGGUUUAUGUGGAUAAAGUUUACUUCGGAUGAGGAGCUAGAAGGAGAGGGAUUUCAAGCAAAAUACUCGUUUAUACCAGAUCCAGACUUCACUUACCUAGGAGGUAUUUUAAAUCCCAUCCCAGACUGCCAGUUUGAGCUUUCAGGAGCUGAUGGAAUAGUACGUUCCAGUCAAGUAGAACAAGAAGAGAAAACAAAACCUGGACAAGCAAUUGACUGCAUAUGGACAAUUAAGGCUACUCCAAAUGCUAAGAUUUAUUUGAGAUUCCUGGACUACCAAAUGGAGCACUCAAAUGAAUGCAAGAGAAACUUUGUAGCUGUGUAUGAUGGAAGCAGUUCCAUUGAAAACCUGAAGGCAAAGUUUUGCAGCACAGUAGCAAACGAUGUGAUGCUGCAGACGGGAACAGGAGUGGUACGGAUGUGGGCAGAUGAGGGUAGCAGACUCAGCAGAUUCAGAAUGCUGUUCACUUCAUUUGUUGAUCCUCCAUGCUCAGGCAGCAGUUACUUUUGCCAUAGCAACAUGUGCAUCAAUAAUUCUUUGGUCUGCAAUGGCAUUCAAAACUGUGCAUACCCUUGGGAUGAAAAUCAUUGCAAAGAGAAGAAAAAAACUGGACUGUUUGAACAAAUCACCAAAACUCAUGGAACCAUCAUUGGAAUUACUUCAGGAAUAGUUUUGGUUCUUCUCAUAAUUUCAAUUCUGGUGCAAGUAAAGCAGCCUCGCAAAAAGGUUAUGGCCUGCAAAACUGCUUUUAAUAAAACUGGCUUCCAAGAAGUAUUUGAUCCUCCACAUUAUGAACUGUUCUCAUUAAGGGAUAAAGAGAUUUCUACAGACUUGGCUGACUUAUCAGAAGAACUUGAGAACUAUCAGAAAAUGAGACGCUCCUCUAUUGCUUCGAGAUGUAUUCAUGACCAUCACUGUGGCUCUCAAGCCUCCAGUAUAAAACAAAGCAGGACCAAUCUCAGUUCCAUGGAACUUCCUUUCCGCAAUGAUUUUGCGCAACCUCAGCCAAUGAAAACAUUUAAUAGCACCUUCAAGAAAAGUAGUUACACAUUUAAACAGGCCCAUGACUGCCCUGAGCAGGUCAUAGAAGACAGGGUGAUGGAGGAGAUUCCUUGUGAAAUUUAUGUGAGAGGACGAGAGGAUGCUGCACAAGGCUCAUUAUCUAUUGACUUUUAAUCUCCUGUUAAAGGUAAAAUUGGUAUGUGUGGGUGUGUGUUUAUCUGACACACACUGUGUCUAUAUAAAAAUACACCAUAUGUAGUGUGUAUAGGUAUACACACUUUUUAGCUUACUGUAUCCAGUUUUUUUUUAAAAGGAAAGAUCUUCAUAACCAAUAAUUGUUGCAGUGGUGGACUUUGCCCCCAUCCCCCACAAGCUGCCACUCCGCUUGAGCAACAAAACAGAAGGUUUUGCAUGGGAACUAUCAAGAAUAUUUUUAACUAAAUCUGAAAAUGACUAGAUUAUUUUUCUGCCCUCCCUUUCAUAUUAUUUCUCUUUUCCUUUGUUAAAUAAUUAGUUUUCAGACCAACUAGUUUAAGUAAGUAAAAGUGGUAAAAAGCACCACAUAUUUUGACACAGAUGUCUGUUAGCAUAUUUAUCAAAUUGCAGCUAGAGUUACUUUGGUAAAUGCCAAUUAAGAUGAGUUACGUUGCAUCUUGACUAGUUUUUAUAUUGCUUCCUUAGUCUCUGUGUUCCGUGAGAAAUAUGUAAAAUGGUCUAUUGCCUUUAACAGUAUUUUAUCUUGGCUAUACAGUAUUCAUUUUAGUAUCUUUGGGAAUAUAUGGCCUUUGCAGAUUGUGGAUUAAAAUUUAACCCAAUUCUCAAGUACGUCUUGUUAGACACAGACUUUACACAGUAGCUUCUUUCAGGAAGAUGUAGAUUUUCAAAAGCAUAGGGUGGGCCAAUUUCUGCCAUGUGUUAAAGCCAUGCAACUCCAUUGAUUUCACAGGUGUAUAACUAAGGCUCUCUGUUUUUUCCUAUUACUUGCAUAAAGAAACUCCAUUGACUGACUGUUUUAUAUAUUUCUGUCUCCUGUAGUGAUCCUAGUACUAUAUUCCUUAUGCAGCGCACCCUACCUAUUGAAAUCCAUGCUUGAUACACUCAAUUGGUGUCUUAAUUGCACAGAAAGUACAGGAUGAAGCCUGCUAUGUGUUACACUUUGAGAUCUAUGUGAUAACUAAGGUGUAUGAAACUGUUGGGGACAAAGAGAAAUCAAAGUAACUGAAUGAGCUUUUUAGCACUUUUUUCUAGCACUUGUGUCCAUGCUGCAAAAAUGCACAUUUCAUAAUUUUUUUUUAAACUGCAGGUUAGACCUUUUUUUUUUU